UCAUUGUUUCACUAUAAAAUGCUUUGAACCUCUUGUGAUUCAACAUAAGUUCUAGCCCUCUUGUGAUUCAACAUAAGUUCUAGCCGGUACCCAAGCAUUCUUCACUGUUUCUUUCUGUUAUUUUCAGCUGGGUGUUUUUACAUUGAUUAGCAAGCAUGGGAGAAGUCCUGACUGAAGAACAGAUUGCUGAGUUCCAAGAAGCCUUCUUUCUCUUUGAUAAAGAUGGUGAUGGCUGCAUAACCAUGGAAGAACUGGCUAUCGCGAUCAAGUCAUUGGAUGAGAAUCCGACAGAAGAAGAGCUGCAAAACAUGAUCAAUGAAGUUGACACUGAUGGUAAUGGAACUAUAGAAUUCGGGGAAUUCUUGAAUCUCAUGGCAAGGAAAAUGAAGGAAGCAGAAGCAGAGGAGGAACUAAAAGAAGCUUUCAGGGUAUUUGACAAGGAUCAAGAUGGCUACAUAUCGCCUUUUGAGUUGAGGCAAGUGAUGAUCAACUUAGGAGAGAAGCUGACAGAUGAAGAGAUAGAGCAGAUGAUUAGAGAGGCAGAUUUGGAUGGAGAUGGUCAAGUUAAUUAUGAGGAAUUCGUUAGAAUGAUGUUGGCUGCUUGACCAACUACUUCUCCUGCAACUUAAUAGGUUUAAAGUAUUUUUUUUUAAUAAUUAAAAGAAAGGAGAUUCGAAUCCUAUUUUUUAAAUAGGGAAUCAUACAUCAACUAAUGAGCUAAAUGCUCAUGUGCUAGCAUUAAAGUAUUGUUUUACAACUUAGGUUGCAUGCGUUUAGAUUCAUCAAUAUGCCCAUGUAUUUAUAAGUUAAACUUCUUUGUAUACUUAAAUUAAGAAUAGGAAGGGCUGACCAGAGAAUAUGACUAAGGAAAUGAAAAUUGAUUCUUGUAACCUUGAUAUAAUAUUAUAGAAAUCUGUACUAUUUUGAGGCCAA